AUGUCUGCAGAGGUACUACAAACUGAGCAGCUGCAUGGAAAUUACCAUUUGGGGAAGGUUUCAGAUGUCAUAAAGACAUACAGAAUCUAUGGGCAGUCUGCAGGCAUCAAAAGAGUCACUUUGAGGGUGAAAAGAAAUGCACUCAUGUCCACAGAGGCAUAUUACAGCUGGUACAGUGCCACUAAGGAGCCUGUGGCUGAGAUUCAAACUCAGCCCAAAACCUCGGCAGCCUGCCAGAUUACAGCUAAUUCCAUGAUGCUAGGCCCCGGGCCCCCGCAACGCGCACAGGCAGACAUUCAAUUGGCCGUGAAUCUUACACUUACCAACAAUAAUAGUGUGUAA